AUGGAAAUAGUAGACAGGAUUGAUUCGGACCAUCAACCAGUAGUGGUAUGGUUGAAGGGGCGCAGGAAUAAGAAAGUAAGAAGGUCGAGGGCGAGAAGAGAGGGAGGGAGAGGUGUGUGGGAUGAGGAGGGGAGAGAGGAAUUUAGAGAGAAUCUAGGAGAAAUAAGAAUAGGAGAAGGAAGGUUAGAAGAAGAAAUGGGUGGAAUAGAAAAAAGAAUUAGAGAAGCAAUAAAGAAAGUAGAAGAAAAGAGAGAUAUAGGAAGAGGAAAAAGGAGAGGAUGGUGGGAUGAAGAAUGCAAGGAAGUGAAGAGGACGGCGAGGAAAGCUUUAAAAGAGUGGAUGAGAGAAAAAGGCGAGAGGAGAGAAUACAGAAGAAAAAGGAAGGAGUACAAGGAGUUAUGUGAAAGGAAGAAAGAAGAAGAGAACAAGAAAUUGGAAAAAGAAGCGGAAGAAGCGAACACAGAAGAAAAGGUGUGGAGGGUAGUGAACGCAGAAAGAAAGAAAAGGAAGAGGAUAAACGGGGAAAUAGAAAUGAGGCAAUGGGAAGAGUAUUUCAAAACUUUGCUGGGAGGAGUGGAAAACAAGGUGAUAUGGGGUGAGAAAAGGGGGGAGAGAAAGGGAGAGGAAAAGGAGAUAGAGAGGGAAGAGAUAAGAAGAGCAAUAAGUAAGGUGAAGGAUGGAAAAGCUGCAGGAGAGGACGGGAUACCAAAUGAAGUGUGGAAGUAUGGAGGGGUAGAAUUAGAAAGAUGGAUUGGAGAGGUAUGCAAUAAGAUAUGGAAAGGCGAGGGAUGGCCGGAGGGGUGGAAAGAAGGAAUGAUAGUGCCGAUAGUAAAGAAAGGGCAAGGAGGUAGUGUAGAGGAAUACAGGGGAGUAACAAUUAUGCCAACAUUAUACAAAAUAUAUGCAUCGGUGUUAGCGGAUAGAUUAAGGGACGAAAUAAAAGAGAAAGAGAUAUUAUCACCUACACAAACGGGCUUUAGGAAAGGGAUGGGAACAAUAGACAGUGUAUACGUAUUAAAUUACCUAAUCAACAGGCAAUUAAAGAGGAAAGGAAGGAAGUUAAUUGCACUAUUCGUGGACAUGAAAGCAGCUUAUGAUUCGGUGGAUAGAGGGAUACUGAUAGAAGCGAUGAAGAAGAAGGGAAUAAGAGAGGGCUUAAUAGAGAGAGUAGACGAGAUAAUGAGAGAAACAACAAGUAGG